AUGGGAUCAAGUUAUAUUCCCCACGGCUCCACCAAGACCAAAUCAGACAAGUUCUACUUUCUUGGACUUCAUAGGUUUCACCUCAUCAUCUUACUCGUAAAUCCUGAGGACAUCGAGACUCAUUUCCUAACAGUGGAAGAAUACUGGGCUCUUCCUAAUAUCUCACUGGAAGAACUGGCUGCUGGCGAAGAAAUUGCUACUUGCCCCAGCUGCUCCUUGAUAAUUAAAGUUAUUUAUGACAUAGAAAAAUUCAGUUCAGAAGCUGAAGAAAUCAAAACACCCAAGACCAAGGAAACUAUUAAAAUUUAAAAUAAGUAAUACAUGAUAAAAUUGGAUUUAAUUAGAUAUUUUUAUCAAAAUACUAAAGUUACCAGUAGCUUUUAAAUACUCAUAUUUUUUAAUAUAUCUUAAAAUAAAGAAUUUUGUUUUUAUUAAA